AUGGCCAUCGAGAAGUUUUCACAUGUUCUAUUACUUUCGUUGAUUUUGUUUGCUCUCAUCCUUCCGUCCUCAUUUUCAGUCAAAGGCACACCAUGUAUACAAGGAUCAGUAUGUUCAAACGAUAUGACUUGCAAUGAACUUUGUAGAUUUAAAGGAUAUAAACUAGGAGGGUUCUGUCAAAAAUAUGUUGGCAAAACGACCGGCCAUUGUUGUUGCUUUCCGGGAUUUGAAUCUCAUGACUCUUUUGUAUCCGAUGACACCAAUUUACUCAUUACUAAGUAA